AUGCUCGGUAGCAACUUUCUUAUCGCUGCUCUCGUGGCGUCCAUUCCGUUGGUGACAGUGAAUGCUCAGUUUACCGGAUGUGACAGGAAAAAGACCUUCACCAGUGGCGAGGUGUUUUAUGUGGAGUCUCCCAACUACUCCAACUACUUUCCACGGGGAACCAAUUGUCGCUGGCAGUUAACCGCUCCCGCUGGUAACACUCUGUACAUCAACUGUUACGAUGUAGUGCUAGCAUCGUCAAACUUGUGCGCUGCCGAUAGGUUGGAGGUUUCCCUGCGCAAUGAUCCAACGCUAGCAUCCGCGACAAAGUACUGCGGUCGAAAGGCUUUCACGCUGCAGACCACGGGAAAUCAAGCGACAAUGGCUCUUCGGACGAUCAGCACCACAAGCGGUGGCCGAUUCCGGUGUCAGGUAGUGGCGCAGGCUCCGAAAUGUAGUUGCGGUCUGCGAAGAACUUCCAAAAUCGUCGGUGGAGUACAAACACGUGUCAACGAGUUUCCAUCGAUGGCUGGUUUGGUUGACUCAACGUCGCGCAAUGUUUUCUGUGGUGCAACGAUCAUUUCGGAGUAUCACGCCAUUACGGCGGUUCACUGUAUGGCUGGACGAAGCAUUUCGGCUGUUGGACUGCUGGUCGGGGAUCAUGAUCUCUCUGUGGGAACAGACACCAGCUAUUCGGUGUUGAUGCGUCUUGCAUCAUUCACCAACCAUCCAUCCUACCGGAGCUCCCCGUCUACCAAUGAUAUCGCCAUUGCACGCACCGCCGAUCGGAUCGUCUUCAAUGCAGCAGUCGGUCCGGCCUGCCUUCCAUUCCGAUUCUCUACAUCAUCCUUCGUAGGUGCGGUAGUGGAAGCGACUGGCUGGGGUACACUCGACUUUGGAAUGCCAGCCUCCAAGGUACUGCAGAAGGUAUCACUCAACGUUAUCUCGCAACAGUCGUGCUCUUCUCAAAUGCCUAACAUCGUCGCGUCGCACAUCUGCACCUACACGCCAGGCCGUGAUACGUGCCAGUACGAUUCAGGUGGUCCCUUGUUUUUGACAUCCAGCGGCUACCUCUAUCUAGUAGGCGUUGUUAAUUAUGGUACUGGCUGUGCGACCAACAAACCAUCCGUUAGCAGCCGCAUUACUUCUCAUCUAUCGUGGAUUCAAAGUGCUACACCGGGUAUAAAUUACUGCAAUCCUUAG